UGAUGUUCAAUCGAUGCAACCUCUACCCUUGCAUAAUUCCCGAAUUGUCUCCACCCGAGCUAACAUCUUCCCCACCCCGGGCCUGGCACUCCGGUGCACGGAUCCUUGACCCAAAUGUCGCAAGACUGAUGGAGGUGACAACCGAUCACUGGCGUGACACAAUUUCUUCUACAACUAUCAACAACGAACAGUCAAUUGCACGACGCGCUUCUGCCUACCAUGUCCAAAACAUCUUCAAGCCUGCCACCAGAUCUGUUCGACCAGACUACCCUCAUUUCCCUGGCCGCAACCGUCGUCCUCUUGUCUGUAGCUAUCGCCGUGUCCCGUCGAGUCCUCCACCCCGCCACAUCGACGAGCUAUCGCGUGCUGUUCAUCUGGCACGCCUUUGAUGCCUUGAUCCACUUCUUCCUCGAGGGAAGCUUCCUCUAUCACUGCUUAUUCUCUUACAUCCCUCUCGCCGACGUGCCAGACGCCGACCUCAGCGGUUUUCACCCGACCCCGGCCAACUUCCUCGGUCACUCGGAUCGCAUCUAUGGCGCCCAAGCGGGCGGAAACAAUCCCUUUGCGCAGCUAUGGAUGGUUUACGCGCGGGCUGAUAAGAGAUGGGCCGGUGCGGACUUGGGUGUGAUUUCGCUGGAGCUUCUGACGGUGUUCGGCGCCGGACCGCUGGCCGUAUGGAUUUGCUACAGCAUCGCUAAGCGUGACCCCAAGGUCAACAUUUGGAUGAUUGUCAUCGCAACGGCGGAACUUUAUGGGGGAUUCAUGACCUUCUGCCCCGAAUGGUUGACCGGCAACAUCUACUUGGACACGAGCAACUUCAUGUACCUUUGGGUGUACCUUGUCUUCUUCAAUAUGCUGUGGGUCUUCAUCCCCAUCUAUGCCAUUUACGUGGCAUACGGGGAGAUUUCUGCUGCUUUCAAGGCCCAGGGCGUUAGGAAGAAUCUCUGAGCAUAUAUCUCGAGGCCUAUGAAGCUAUCCACGUACUACAAAAUGUCAGCCAUCGCCCAAUUGCCCUUGUCGUAGCCUUCGAUCAAAGCCUCGUGCGAAUUUUUGACUUUCGAACCAUCUUAUCCACCCCUACUUUGUAGCUAUUUAGCAUUACAUUGAAAGCUCGCGUUGUUCCUCCAAACUCUUCUCUCCAAGGUGGUCUUUAUUGAAGACCGGCUUGCCACCGGAUCUUUGAGAACUUCGAGGGACUGCCUUUACUUCAGGCCAUCCCCGAUGUUCUUCACGCGAAGUAUGUGUUUUCCAAAGUACCAAGUCUAUGGAGUAUG